AACAGCUGCCCUACACAAGGGGCUUUGGCUUUCAUGUCAAAUGUCUCCCUAUUGGAUGAGUUAGUGGCCUGCGUGGGGUGUAGAUGACGGUUUCUUAACUAAGCACAUAUAGUGCACGUAGAGAGGGAGCUGGGAUCGGAUUGGGAUCAGACCUGCAGUCGGACAGCAGCACCGCAGCAUGGCAGGAGACAGUGAGAGCAGACUUCAUGACCAGGAGGGAAACGGUGAUGCCUUUCGGCAGCCGUUUAUUAUCGGGGUUUCUGGAGGUACAGCCAGUGGAAAGUCUUCAGUAUGUGCCAAGAUCAUGGAGAUGCUGGGGCAGAAUAAGAUUGAUCAUCGGCAGCGUCAGCUCGCCAUCCUGAGCCAGGACAGUUUCUACAAAGUGCUCACUCCUGAACAGAAAGCCAAGGCAAACAAAGGACAGUUCAACUUCGAUCAUCCUGAUGCUUUUGACAACGAGUUGAUCUUAAAGACGCUUCAUGACAUAAUUCAGGGGAAGACGGUUCAGAUUCCAGUGUAUGACUUUGUCACACAUUCCAGGAAGGACGAGUUUGUGACGCUGUAUCCGGCCGACGUAGUUCUGUUCGAGGGUAUUCUCAUGUUCUACUCACAGGAAAUCCGCGACCUGUUCCAGAUGAAGCUGUUCGUGGACACGGAUCCAGACACACGGCUCUCUCGCAGAGUUCUGCGAGAUAUCAGUGAGAGAGAGCGAGAACUGGAGCAGGUCCUGGCCCAGUACAUCACAUUUGUAAAGCCGGCUUUUGAGGAAUUCUGUCUUCCAACAAAGAAGUACGCAGACGUUAUCAUCCCACGUGGAGCCGACAACCUGGUUGCGAUAAACCUGAUAGUGCAGCACAUUCAGGACAUCCUCAACGGCGGCGUCAGUAAACGCCAGAACGGGAACGGUCACCUGAUUGGUCACUUGUCCCCUCGAAAGAGGCGCUCGUCCGAGUCCAGCAGACCACACUGACCUUCCCAAGGUGCUUCGUCCUCCUGCACAGGACAGAAAGGGCCUGGACUUGUGGAACAACAUUCAGCAUCCUUUCACCACGUGGAAGGCGGAGCUGCUUCAGUGGGCUGAUAUGAGUUUUUGUUUUGUUUGCUUUUCCUUUUUUUUAUUUCUCUUUCAGCUUGAGGUUAAUAGUGCUGUCUGUUCAUUAUCUUCAUCAUCCCCAUCAUCUUUGUCUGUGUCUGUUAAUAAACAGUGUUUAUGUACUGGCUCAGUAUAUGAAAGACACUCCAGGUGUUGGGACACUGUGGCUGAUGAGCCGCGUGUGUGCGUGCGUGCUUGUGUGUGUGUGUGUGAGAGUAAGAGAGAGAGUGAGUGAGAGUGAGAUGCCUUUAGAUACUUGAAGUCAGAACUCAGGAAGAGUGACUGUAAGGCUGGGGUUUAUCCUAAAUGCCAAGUGUUUACAUCCCACCCUUUAUAAGGCGUACGAAUGCGUGGUUAACUAACUGACCCUGGCGUAGGUAUCUGCUAAACCGAUGGUUUUAUACUGACCUCUUUGCGUGGAUACUUCCUAUAUCAGAGUGUUACAAGACAGUGUUUAUAUAAACGUCGCUUCACCUCUUAGCAAAGACUUUAAGGCUAUGACCUGCUCUCGAUUCAACGGUCAAAUGGAUUCUUAUGUUAUAUAUGACGACUAUAUAUAUUUUAUUUUUUUUCCCCUUCUCAUUAGGUAUUUGACACAUGCUUUAAUAAAAAGUUGUGAUGUCAGGGACAAAAACGUUCUGCAUCUUUAUGCAUCCUCCAGUACUUGAAUCGUAGUUCGACCACUAGAAGGUUAGACAAUUUGUUUUUACUUUUGAUAUUAGAUUAAGAGUUAGAUUUUCGCCCAAUCGUUUACGAACGGAUUUCUGUCAGAACUUGUAAUGACAUAAACAGAAAUAAAAAUAAAACAUAAUUUGACAAAUUGUAUUGUACUUUUUUCUUCAUCUUAAACAACAUUUGCAGCAUUUAGCAGACACUCUUAGCCAGAGAGACUUACAUUUUUAUUUCAAUUUAUACACCUGAGUAAUUUAGGGUUAAGGGUCUUGCUCAGGGGCUCAGCAGUGGCAACUUGGUGGACCUAGGAUUCGAACCAAUAGUCAAGUAGUCGAACGCCUUAAUCACUGACCUACCACAUCAUAAACAACUAAUUAUAACACAUUUAGUGCACUAUGUGGUGGAUUUGGUUCGACACACUCUGUGUUUGAUUAAGUUGACGUGUGUGUCGGACUGCUGUUCUAUUGAUUGCUUAUGCCUGGCAGUUGCGAAAGUCAGUAAAAGAAGCACACGGCUCAAAAGCACGUCUCGUGUCGUUUAUUGAAAUACACAUACAGAAUACAACACACUACAUGAAGAAGCUUAACGCUUUAAUCCCUACUUAGUGCACUUUUAUAUAGUUAUUAGUAACUUAAUUGUGCGUGUUCUUCUUCUGAUGGUCGCUAGAGGGCGCGCAACACUGACGUAUAUGGAAUAACUGAAUAGAGCAUGUACGCAAAUUGCGUACUUUAUGUGGCUCGCGUGGCGUAACAGGCUCAAACGUUUAGAACGUCAACGCCGACACAUUUUACGUAAACGUAACUAGCGUAGCUGAAUAGCGUUUACGCUGUAAACAACAUGGGGAAAUUCGGUUUGCAGUUUAAAGCGACGUUGGAGAACGUUACAAAUGUCCGAGCUGACGGCGACGACUUCCGCUGGUAUUUAAAGUAAGGGAUGCUAAGCUAGCUAGCUAGCUUUAGCUGGAGUGGCUGUGUUGCAAUCGGAUAAAUAGGGCACUAGCUUAAAUGUGGGAAUUGUGGUGAAAUCUCGGACAAAUGGCAGUAUAUCACAGCGAUGACGUCCUCAGGACAGUAUGCCGCUGAAGGGAGGACGAGGCAGUGCAAGUAUGGUUCAGAGGUGUAAACUGUGCUCCCGGGAGAAUUCAAUAGGUACACACGCACUAAAACCACUAACCAAUCAGUUUGCUGCAUUACUAUGAAUGACUUCAGGCCACGCCUCUAUCCAUUGUUAAAAAUAAGUGGGCGGAGCCACGUCGCAGGAGGGCACAACUGUGUUAAUUAUUUAAACUUAUUAUUUAUACAACUGAGCAAUUAAGGGCCUUGCUCAGGGACCCAGCAGUAGCAACCUGGUGGACGUUGGAUUCAAACCCAUGACCUUCCGGUCAGUAGUCAAACACCUUUAACCACUACGCUACCACAUCCCUUUUGUGUGGUAGUGUUUUAUUACCUAUUUUUUAUUCCUUGGUCCUUGGAUACUUCCAAACUAGAAAUGAAGUGACAUGAAUGCACAUUUCAGACGGUUUAAACAGUGUUUACACAAUGGAUUUCUCCCACAGAUAUCCUGAAGGACACCAUCACGCCAUACAAUCUGGAGGACAGCGAGAAGUUCAAGACGAUAGUGCAGUUCGAGUGUCGAGGCCUCGAGCCGGUUGACUUCCAACCUCAGGCUGGAUUUUCGGCUCAGGGCGCAGAGACGACUUCUCAAUUUCCUGAAAUCAACCUUCAGGAGAAAGACUGGACGGACUACGACGAGAAAGCGAAGGAGUCGGUGGGCAUCUAUGAAGUCACACAUCAGUUUGUCAAGUGUUGAGAGCUGGAGACGGAGCACGAACAACGUGGCUUGAGACUUAAUGAGGAAAAAGAGAGCACAUACAACAAACAUUUAUCAAAUUCAACAAAAAUGCUGUUAUUAUUUGAUGUCGAUUUGUAAACGGACACGAUUGGGAAGAACGUUCACUACAUGACCGUUGACCAGGGUCUUGGAAAUGCAGAUCUGCAGCGAAAUAAAGUUAUGAAAGUAUGAAUACA